UAAACAAAGUUUGAUCCCAUAUUAUCAGUUCUCACUUCUCAGCAAUUCUCACUUUUCAACGAGAUGAGCGAGAGCAACCGAGCAUGAGGAAGCGCGAGUGCUCAGCAGUCAGCAGCAGUCAGCAGUGUACAGGCCCUAAUAAUAUUCUUGACGUUAAUCAUCUUGCGAAUACAACAAAUAUAAAUGGUUAUGAAUUGUAUUCGCGAAUGGAUCGCGUAAUUUUUCAACGUAUUGCUUGAACCUUAGCCAUAUCAGUUGGUCAAAAUCAUUAAAUAAACAAUACAACAACAAAAUAAGAAAAUAGAGAAACUAAAUUCUAAUUAAACAUGAUACGAGAAGACAAUACGUUAUGGACCACUAUUGGGGAACGUAUAUUAAUAAAUGUGGUUUCAUAUCCUAUCGAAUACGCUAAAGUUUUAAUACAGAUCGGACAUGAACCGAUUCCACCACGACCGACAACUAAUUUAUUUAGACGGCCGGCUUUAGCUUUGCCCAACGUUUUUCAGUACGUUAAAUACAUAAAAAACGUAGAUGGAUAUUCUGGGUGCUACCGUGGUUUGAUACCAAAGUUAUGUGCCCAUACCAUAUGUGUCUUAGUUUCCGAUGAAACGUCUUACAAACUUACGUGUAUGUACGAGUCUAACAAAGAAAACGAAGAAAAUUAUAUGAAAAAAAAUUCCGAAGAUGAAGGAGAAGACGGUCAAAAGCACAAAAGUUACAUAUUUGAAUUCAUAAGAGAUCUGAUUAGUAAAACGACUGCAAUUAUAGUCAGCCAUCCAUUGAAUGUUAUCGCAUUGAGAAUGAUAGCUCAAUUUGUCGGCAAGGAAACAAAAUACAAUGGACUAUUCACAUCAUUUGUGGAAGUAUAUAGAGAAAAUGGAAUCAUGGGAUAUUAUGCAGGAUUAGUACCCCGCCUUAUCGGAAACGCUAUCGUAUUAGUAAUAGUUAGUUCUUCUACUUAUGCCGUCGAUAAGUAUUUAUCGACUGUCACAACUGAACAUGACAUCAAACCAAUUAUUUGUUCCACUAUAAACUUUAUAGCAACAACAAUUACGUAUCCAUUUUUGGUAGUAUCGCAUUGUAUGGCUGUUAAUGACUGUGGAUUAGUUGCUGGUCUUCCUCCGCACAUGCCAAUUUGGAAUAGCUGGCUGGAAUGUUGGGCUCAUCUUUCAGCUGCCAAUCAGUUAAAGAGGGGAAACAGUCUUUUAUGGCGAUAUUAUACAGGACCUUCAGUAAUAAUAAAUGGCAUAAUGACACCUCUUUACAAAUAAUUUACAUCUAUGCAGUGUGUCACAGUAAUAAUAUUGCAUUAAUUUGUAUUUGAGAGACCAACAGUAAAAUCAAUUCCGUGCAACUUAUAUUCUGUCUGAUAAAUUUACCGAUAUAGCAUACAAUUGCAUUUAUAUAUUUCUUAAAAUUGAUUUUAAUUAUUGCUGUGCACUAAGUAUCUAUUAUAAACUAUUUUCUGUAGUUCUAUACUGAAAAAUGCAUUUUGUAUGGAGAAUUGAGCAUUUCUUUUUUUUUUAUAGAUAAAUACAACUAUAGAGAAGAAAAAGUUGAUUAAUUAGAGGGCUUAAUAGUAACGCAUAUGUAGAUACGAUUAAUUGCAAGACAGAAGUGGUAUCUAAGUAAAGAACUCUGAAUUAGGUUUUGACUCGCACGAGUCCUGUGCAAAAAUAUUCUUAUUAUUUAUUAUGUUGCAACAACGAAAGAAAAUACAGAAAUUACGAAACGUAAAUCAGAGUUCUUUAUUUAGAUACUACAUCUAUCCUACAUGCUAAUUAUAUCUACAUAUAAACUUUUAAUAUAGUAUAUAAUAUAAAAUAAGAUCGCAGUGUAUAGAUAAACAUUUAGUACAUAUACAAAUAUUACUACAUACAAUUUAUUAUUAUUUCAGUUUCAAUUCACAUUUCUUCUCUAUGCAACAUUUAAACCGAUAUCCUUUAAAGCAAACAAAAUAAAUUAAAUAUUUUCUCUUAUAUGAAGGUUGAUAUUUACAGAUUUUUAUAUAAAUAUGUUAAUUUUGUCAAUAACAAACAUCAAACAAUGAUUUAAUUAUAACAGUAAAAUCAACAUCUACGUUCAAAUUUCUACUGUUCUUAAGAGUCCUAUAAUUUGAUAUAAAGUAACAUUUAUAUAUUAAUAUAUUUUGUAUAUAUACAUGUGUAGAUAAAUGUAAAACAAAGUAUAAACAAAAUUGAGUUAUAUAUUCAAGCAUAAUUUAACACACACAUUUUCAUUUGAUAAUGAAAAUUAUUUUUGCAAACAUAUUAGAUAAUUAUAUGAAGUUAAUAACUGAUUAAAUAAAUUUGUGAUAAAUGUAUCUAUUAUUGGUAGGAUGCAAAUUUCGCAAUUACUUUCGAGUCAAAAAAAUAAGUAUUAAUUGGGAAAGUUUGCAAAGCAGAUUUAUAGAAAGAAUAGAACUCACAAUCAAAUGAUAAUAACAAAACAUGAGACUUCUGAAAAGAAACAAAAUUUUAAUUCGUAUUCUUUAUUGUUUAUUAUUUCGAUGGUUUCAAUCAUUUACAGCAUGUUUUAUCAGGCAUCAAGAAGUUAUACGAGUAUUGCAUUAUUAGAUUGUACCUGUCUUACUGAAUAUCCUACUAAUGAUACACAGAAGUCUAUACUAUAUUGCGUAUUUUUAAUUUUUGUAUAAAAAAAAUAUCCGCUUGAACUACAAUAUUACAUAUUACAUAGACGUUCAUCAGGUAUUACAUUUGAACUUCAAUUUAUCUAUAUAGUGCGACAAGACGAAUGUGAAUAAUGAACAAAACGAUCGACAAGUUAUUUUUGACACAUUUUUUUCUAUUUUAAAGUCUAUUCAAAUAAGGAAAUCUGUACUGAAAGCAUGUGAAUGUAUGUAGUAUUACUUCAUGUUUGUCUUAAUAAAGGCAUUGCAAUAUUUUGCUAAUA